UCACCCCAUGCAUGGAGCAAAAUAAUUAUGAGUGAGAUAUAAUAGUAAUCAAGUAAAAGAUAAUUGCAAAAUCCAUACCUACCCUCCAAAAUCAAUUGUGUUUUAUUGCUUAUGGUCUAAAUUCUCUCUCUUAAAUUGAAUGGUGUGAGCAGAAGUAGAAAAGGUAAUAUUGCUAAUUAAAAUUCUCUGGGAGCCUCAGAAAAAAGAAAAGAAAAGAAGAGAAAGGUAGACAGAUAUGGUAUAGAGCUGAUAUAGAGAGAGAGAGUUUCGGGAGAUGUCAGGUGGGCGUAGCAUAGUCUGGUUCAGGAGAGAUCUGAGGGUAGAGGAUAACCCAGCACUUGCAGCUGGUGUAAGAACUGGUGCCGUUGUUGCAGUGUUUAUCUGGGCACCCGAAGAGGAAGGCCAUUAUUACCCCGGUAGGGUCUCAAGGUGGUGGCUCAAGCAGAGUUUGGCUCAUUUGGAUUCUUCUUUGAGGAGCCUUGGAACUACUCUUGUCACCAAGAGAUCAACUGAUAGUGUUUCUACUCUUCUUGAGGUUGUCAAGUCUACUGGGGCUACCAAUCUCUUCUUCAACCACUUGUAUGACCCUUUGUCACUGGUUAGGGAUCACCGGGCAAAGGAGAUUUUGACUGCUCAAGGAAUAGCUGUAAGAUCCUUCAAUGCAGAUUUGCUUUAUGAACCGUGGGACGUUAAUGAUGACCAAGGACGCCCUUUCACUACCUUUGCUGCCUUUUGGGAAAGAUUCCUUAGCAUGCCUUAUGAUCCAGAGGCUCCUCUUCUCCCACCAAAGAGGAUUAUUUCAGGUGAUAUAUCGAGAUGCCCUUCAGACUUAUUGAUAUUUGAAGAUGAAUCAGACAAGGGAAGCAAUGCACUGCUUGCUCGAGCAUGGUCACCUGGGUGGAGUAAUGCUGAUAAGGCUUUGACUGCAUUCAUCAAUGGCCCACUAAUUGAGUACUCAAAGAAUCGUAGGAAGGCUGACAGUGCUACAACCUCUUUUCUUUCUCCCCAUUUGCAUUUUGGGGAGGUUAGUGUAAGAAAAGUUCUUCACCUUGUUCGCAUCAAGCAGGUACUUUGGGCAAAUGAAGGGAACAAGGCCGGCGAAGAGAGUGUAAACUUGUUUCUUAAGUCAAUUGGUCUGAGAGAAUAUUCAAGAUACAUGAGUUUUAACCAUCCUUACUGUCACGAACAGCCUCUUCUUGGGCACCUCAAAUUUUUCCCUUGGGUUGUAGAUGAAGGAUUAUUUAAGGCUUGGAGACAAGGUAGAACUGGUUAUCCAUUAGUUGAUGCUGGAAUGAGAGAGUUGUGGGCUACUGGUUGGCUGCAUGAUCGAAUACGAGUAGUAGUUUCUAGUUUCUUUGUGAAAGUUCUACAGCUUCCAUGGAGAUGGGGAAUGAAGUAUUUCUGGGAUACCCUCUUGGAUGCUGAUUUAGAGAGUGAUGCUCUUGGUUGGCAGUACAUAUCCGGCACUCUCCCUGAUGGCCGUGAGUUUGAUCGCAUAGACAAUCCACAGUUUGAGGGUUACAAAUUUGAUCCGCAUGGAGAAUAUGUGAGACGGUGGCUUCCAGAACUUGCCAGGCUACCAACUGAAUGGAUACAUCAUCCAUGGAAUGCACCUGAAUCCGUACUCCAAGCAGCUGGAAUUGAGCUUGGAUCAAAUUAUCCUCUCCCAGUUGUAGGGAUAGAUGAAGCUAAAGGCAGGUUGCUAGAAGCACUUUCAGAAAUGUGGCAGCAAGAAGCAGCUUCAAGAGCUGCCAUUGAGAAUGGGACUGAGGAAGGGCUUGGAGAUUCAUCUGAAUCAGCUCCAAUUGCUUUCCCUCAAGACAUACAAAUGGAAGAAAAUCGUGAACCUGUAAGAAAUAACCUUCCUACUACAAUUAGGCGUUAUGAGGAUCAGAUGGUCCCUAGCAUGACUUCUUCUUUGCUAAGAGUUGAAGAACAAGAAACUUCUUCAUAUCUUCAAAAUGUAGCAGAAGACAGCAGAGCAGAGGUGCCAAGAAAUGGAAAUGUCAAUCAAGAACAAAGAAGAGACAUUUUAAACCAGGGGGCAGCUCAAACUACUCGUAGUAACAACAAUUUGCCAUAUUUUAGUGUUGUCAGUGGUCUGAGAAAUUUCGAAGAUUCAACAGCAGAAUCUUCAAGUAGUAGCAGUAGGAGAGAGAGAGAUGGAGGUGUGGUUCCAGUCUGGUCCCCUCCAACUGCUAGUUACUCGGAGCAGUUUGCUGGCGAUGAAAGUGGAAUUGGAACAAGUUCUUAUUUGCAGAGGCAUCCACAAUCUCACCAGAUAAUGAAUUGGAGGCAGCUCUCUCAGACUGGCUAAGAAGUAAAGAACAUAUAUUUAUGGCAAGACUUGGUGCUAGGAGGGCCGGAGAACGCAAUGGUGGUUAAUCCUGUGAAUCAGUGGUUUGAUAUAACAAUGUCCCUCUUGUGUCAUUACCCGCCUAUGUUAUUAUCACCUUUCUGGUCUGAUCAGUGCUUUGACCUUCAUUGUGUGUCAUAGUCCAAAAAGAUUCAGGCGGUCCUCCAUCUGCUAUCCUCUUUCCUGUAAGAUGUACCAUAAUACAUAAUUCUGCUGUAUGGUAUUUAUAAGCGAGGGGUGAGAGUGAUCAUAGGGAUUUGUAGUUCUCUAAUAAACCCAAGUUUGUGCUUUUCUAGUUAAUUGAUUGGGCAGAUGAUUUACUGUUA